AAUCGCGAUACGCCGGCUCCAUAGCAACAAGUCGAAGAAAACCACUGGCAUAGAGAUUUUCAAUUGAUUUGUCAUAGAUUUAAUUACAGGUACGAUAAUACUAGGCAGCCAGUGCCCGAUUGGCUACGGAAUUUCAUUUUCUGUCACAAAACGCGUUAGUGCUGUUCUUCCAAUAGGGCGAGACCAGUUCCCCGUUCGGAGUAGAGAUAGCGCCUAUGGCUAGCGACGGUGGCCAUCUUGUCUUCUCUCGAGACAGGAAACAGCCUGCACGGCAGAGCCAGGCACAGCGUUUGUAACUGAUUGGGUACAGAUGGUGCUGCUACCACUGGCACGACGAUAAGUGAGCGAGUGAGCCAAGCAGGCAGUUGACGAUAUCAAGACAAGCGCCGCGGCAAUUCGACCGACAAUAGUGCGUCUGCAAUGAUCACGACAGUGGACACUAUUGACGGCUACGUCUAAUUGGCGGAGCAGCAGCAGCAACACAGUAACUCAUGUCGGAUAAGUAGAUACGACGCCGUUAAUUAUGCAACAGCAACGGUGGCAGUAGUCACAGCGAAAAUAAACAACACCCAAACACAGGCGAGUGCGAAGGGGGCAAGAAACACAGUGAAUUUCGUCGAUCUGGUGGAGCCUCCUUUCCCUCCCCCUACAUCUAAUCGUCUUCACUCACUGGAACUUCGGGCCGCACAAACGUUUCUCGAAGAUGUACGUCACAGAAGCAGCGCCGUUGCCUCCGGUAUAAUUGGGGACUUUUUAGGCGGCUGGAGCAAAGCAUCAAUUCCGUCCUGUUCUGGAGGAAAAAAACAGCAACUGCUGUAGUGCGAGGCGUGUAUACCAGUGACUACGUGACCACCGUCACAGCCAUCGGUCGUCGUCGUUUGUGCGUGUUGUUCUAGCGACUGGCUAGCUGGCUGUUCUAGCCUCGUUGACAACGUAGCAGCGUGAGCCGAAAGAAGGCAAACAUUAGUUGAUGUGACGGAUUUGGCUUGAGUUUGUAACUACACUGGAAAUCUAUUGCUAAGGCAAUGCGAGCUUGUCUAAUGAUGCUGUUCCGGAGACCGCCCUACAAAAUAUAUACACGUCGCACAGCGCAUCCUGCAUGAGCCAGCCACAAGUAAGCACGAUCACGUCAGAAUCGAACAGGACGUCAGGAAACUGUCGAUUGCAUUGACAGACAGCAACAGUUUUACAACUGUUGCUACAAUGAGCAGCGCCUAGUUCGUGUGAAUGGUGUCUGUGGAGUGAAUCUGCUUGGGGAAGUUGAUAUGAAUAUACAGUGACAAUACAUUGGAUAUUCAUUGGGCAAGCUUGCCACGGAGUUCCGUCGGGUUGUCCUCGAUGUUCUAUACCCAAGCUGUUUUUGUUGUGAGAGGGGGAAAAUUGCGAGUGUCGCUCUAACAAAUGUACAUGAGCGAGCCAACGACACAACGAGAAUCUCAACGAUUCAUUCACGGGAGCAACAGUACCCGAGACAACUCCACUUGCCGGUUUCAACGAACGACAAUCUUUAGCAAGAGCCAAGCAGUGGAUACUGCAUGUGGCGUGGAUCUGUUUGUUUAAGUGCCAUUUCGCAACAUUUUCGCUGUAGUUUACUACUGCUGGAUGCUAAUACGUAAAUGUGCGUUGACAGUAACGGUUAAUCGCGGCGAAGUGCGUGUUACCUUCCUGUGCUAUAUGAUUCUGUUGUUACUACAACGCAAAGUAUAUCAGACGAAACUGUACACUACAAACUAAGAGACUAGCUUAGUCAGCUGCCGGAAACAGAGCUGAAUGCUGGCGCGCUAAAAAUAACGACCAAACAAAAGCGCGGUGAGACGAACGCGUCAACGACGAUCAUCGGACCCGAGAAACGGAUAGACAGACGAACAACACAAAGAAACAACAUAACGAUCAUGCAACGGCCGCGGCGCUCGCCGAAGGUAGUGGAAAGAUAGUCGGUGCUCGGUGAACGCGGACGAGCGCAACAGAGUCAAUCCAGGCAUUUAGUGACCAGAGUUGGGCGCUGCCCAUCAGCUGGGCUGUUGUCGGCCGCAAGCGACGACGGUCCUUGGCUGUGGGCUGUGCUCUGACGGUCGGUAUUUUGAUCGGGUACUUCGGCCGCUGGUCGGUUUAUCCAUCUUUUGUGCAUUUAGUGGUGCUACCAAUAGUCGCCAACAGCAGCAGUAACAUCCCAGCCGACACCAACGCUGCAACGACUGCAGCUGUACUCACUGACUCAAGAACAGUGAUUCGACUAGUAUAGCACCCGUCCCAUCGGCCUAUGUGUAUGUGGCAGCGGUGUGCUACGUCAAGCAAGUAAGUCAUCCUGUCGGCCCGUCUGUCCGGGCUAUAGCUGUUAACUGCUCACGGCAGUAAUAUACAAUAUAUAGACAGCCCGUGCUAUACGAGUGGCGGCGCUGUUGCCUAUUGUGCAGAGCAAAGGUUUUUUUAAGCGAGUGGGAAAGAAACGACCGCAUUCAACCGGUCCGCUACCGUACACCGGCCAUCAUCGACAUCAGUAGAAUACAUAUCGAGUCUGACACUUUAGUUCUGCAAACUAAGCAACUGAACCGAACCCGUAGCGCACGUUGGACCGCACUCGGUCGUGUCUGAAGCAUUUGGACAGCUGCUGGACGGUGUCCGACAACGACGACCCAAGGACAACGAUGUCCACCUCCACGGCUUCGGCUAGUCGCCUGCGGUGAGAUAAACACUGAGACCAAGCAGUGAGCGCAAAACAACAAAAAUACAAAAGUAGUGCGACAGUACAGGCCUAGAAGUAAGGUACGGUAAGCCUGUUUUGCGGUGGCAGUAGACUUGUAUGUAUGUGUGUACCGCUGUGUGAAGAAUCGUUGUGUCGUUUGACUGCACCAGAGUGGAGCCCAACACGGUGAUCGAGAGCGGUCCCGCGCCCCGCUUUGGGCCAUCCAGAGAUCGACGACAGCUUGAGCUGCUGCCGACGUCGCAUAACGGUCGAAGCCGCCAUGGCCGCGACAAUCGGUGGAUUCGAUCGUAUGGAGGUGCAGUGCGCUUUGUUAGCGCGCAGUCGCAAUCUCACGCUGACGUUGGCACCAGGCUAUCAGGGCAUCCCUGAGAACUUGCUUAUGAACGUCGUCGCCUGGAUGUGUCUGAUCGUUGUGUACUCGGUGGUGAAUCGGACAGCGAAGAACUACGCCCGCAUGGCGCUUGUACAUCGGUCCGAAAGGUGGUCGGACGUAUUUUACGGCCAGCAAUACCAGCAGCAACAGAACGGAUCUGUGCCGAAUGGCAAUAGCGCGAACAGUUCUGCUCGCCAUCAUACCAACAGUAGUCGACGUACUGGCGCAGCGUUGACGGCGGACAGCAACACAAACAACGACGACGAUGGUAGUCUUGAGUCGUUGGAGAACGCUAACCGUGCCACAUCGUUCUUUUCGUGGAUUCACGCUAUCUGGAAGAUUGAAGAUCGCCAUGUACUCAAGAAGAACGGACCUGACGCCGUACAAUAUCUAACAUUUCAGCGACACAUCAUCGUGUUCGUGUUCAUUGUUUGUAUCUGCGUUAUCACGAUAAUUUUGCCUCUAAACGCGCUCGGUGUUGAAUCUAAACUGAACAACAAGUUUGCCCAGACGACGAUAGCAAACAUUUCUAAGGAUUCGAAAAGCCUCUGGGUUCACAUCGCUUUAUCCUUCGUCUUUCUUCCGCUCGGCGUCGUGUUUAUGCGGCGGUUUUCGACGCGACUGCACAUACAUGCUGAGGAACCUCGAAUCGGUCGGACCCUCAUGAUUGCUGGAGUGCCGCGACGGCAUUGUAAGGCCGAGCUAUUCCGGCAGCAUUUUGCUGAAGCGUACCCACAGUGUAUUAUACAAGACAUCCAGUUCGCGUACGACAUACGCAAACUCAUGGAUCUAGUGGCGCAACGCGAGACUGCCACCCAAGCGAGACUGUGGUGCGAAAAUCGAAUUGCUGCGACCCACGAACGGCCAAUGAUGCGACCGUAUACUUGUGGUCGGUGUUGCUGUCUCGGUGAUUAUCUCGGAUGUGAACAAGUAGACGCUCUGGACUAUUAUCGGGCUGAGGAACAGUCGCUGCUGAAACGGGUCGACGAGGAACGCCGCCGAGCUCUGAAGAAUCCAGUGGGAUUCGCGUUUAUUACGUUUGACUCCGAGGAGAUGGCCAUGCUCGUUUGCAAGGACCAUAAGUCACAGUGGCAGUGCUACGUGCCGGGUCAAAGCCAGUCCACCCUUUCACGCGAACUGAAACCCUACCUGUGGAAGGUGAUGUUUGCCCCACCGCCAAAUGACCUUUUUUGGGAGAAUCUGUCUGUAGGAAAAUGGGCGUGGUAUGUCCGUUCUGUAUUCAUUAACUUCCUUCUGUUUAUUGUUCUCUUCUUUCUGACAACGCCAUUCAUCAUCCUGUCGUCGCUUUCGCCAAUUCUCAACAUCCAAAUGGGUAUCCAUCCUUUCUUCGAGAAAUUUUUGCCGACUGUAAUGCUUUGGUGCGUGGCUGCUCUCAUGCCGGCAAUGGUGACGCUAUCCGAUCUGUUUAUAGCGCACUGGACCAGAUCGUCACGAAACCAUUCGGUGAUGAAGAAGAUUUUUAUCUUUCUCUUAUUCAUGGUCCUAAUCCUGCCGUCACUAGGACUAUCAAGCGCGGAAAGUUUCGUCGGCCGUCUCAUGCAAUAUCGGAACGCGACCGAGGUCUGGAAGUGUCUCUAUCUCCCUGACAGUGGGGCCUUCUUCGUGAACUAUGUGAUCACCUCGUCGUUUGUCGGAACAACAAUGGAGCUAAUUCGAUUUCCACAACUCUGCCUGUAUCUAAUCUACACGUGCCUAUCCCGGUCCAAAGCUGAGCAGUACGCCGUUCAACGAAACUCAUUAUUCGAGUUCUACUUCGGUGUCCAUUACGCUUGGUACUUACUCAUGUUUGCUAUCAUUAUGGUUUACUCGAUUCCGUGCCCGCUCGUCACUCCGUUCGGGGUUCUGUAUCUCUGUUUCAAGCAUUACGUGGACAAAUACAAUAUCUAUUUCGUCUAUAACCCAUCGAAGACGAACAAAUACAUCCAUGCAACAGCGAUUGACUUUGUCAUCAUCUCGCUGAUUCUCCUUCAGUUCGCACUAUUUAUGUACCUUUACUUCAAAUCGGACGCGUCCAUGUAUACCGUGGUCAUGUGUGUCAUAUUCAUGAUGUCCUUUUGCCUUUUCCUUGGCCAGGCCAUGAUUAAGUGCUUUCGAGAUUUUGGACCUAUUAAAUACGUUCGCCAACUGCAAAAAACGCUGGAGCGGCGACGAUCACGUGAAACGGGCUUGCGCGUCCGGGACAAUCCGUAUAUACCGGAUGCGUUGAAAAGCCGCCCCAUUCCUAAUUUAAAUAUGUCGCAGUCUGCCGGGAACCUGCCGCUUUACGGCUCCGGUGCGAAAAGUGAUAGCGGUAUACAUCUCGGCAAACACGGUAAUAAUGCGACUGAUGCGUCCGCAAUUGCCGCGAGCGGCAUGCCCGGGGGAGUUCUACCGGCUGGUCCGGGAUCAUCGGGUAUAUCAGGAUCCACACAAGAACUGGCCAUCGCGCCUCGAAGCCAUUCGAUGAACGAUCUCCUAUCGGCGGGCUCCGAAAGGGUCGAAUUUUCGUUGGCCUGCGAGGACGUGGGGGUUACGACCGAGGAAGAGUGCGGCUCUACGGAGGCCGAAGCCGAAGAGGAGAAAUUGCGUAGGGUAGUGCUGACAGCCAAUGGUCAUGUCAACAACUACCAGCGCUUCUGACAGUUGAGGAAGUUCUCGACGGGAUAGAGCUGCGCAGUGGGGUCGAACUCGCUGCCGGACCCCGUCGAGCUUUAGCUUCUCGUGUCAUGUCAUCGCUACCACCGCCGCCACUGCUACGAUUGCAACCGAAGAGUGAGUCGCUCCAUAUGCAAACGAGGAAAACAUCCCAGAUCGUAGACAUUGCCAUUUACCACACACCCAUAAACAAUAAGCCAACGAAUGCUGCAGCGGCAAAUUGCAAACUCAACUCACUGAUCAUUGUAAGCUUCUAGCUAAUAUAUCUGUUACCGCCAUAAUUACGAUAUAUGAGGAGCUACAAUGUCAGUGCUCUGCCUGCAGCUAAGGUAAACUUGAGGCAAACAAAGCCGUUAAAACUAACAUAACGGUCACCAUAUCGUCAUAGUUAUCACUCCGCAUUGGCACCGGUCGUUAUUCAUAGGCGGAAUUGCAGGCGUUUGCCAUAAUGGCACCUGUCAAUACAGCAUCUGCAGGUGGAAUGCGUGUUUGAUCCUCUCUGACCGAUGGCUUACCGUGCGGACUAAUGCUUGCAACCACCGACACUCUCCUCUGAAUCAAGAGCACUAAGGGGAAAUUAACUAAAGUUUAGGCGAUGACAACCGAAAGUACAGAGAACUCGACGCUACACUGUUUAUUAGUAUAUGCGAAAUCUGAUAAUUAUUAGUAUCUGCAAAUCGCAGAGGUCUUGGAGCUCGCCAGGGCGCAUGUAACGGCUGAGAUGCUUCGACGCUUCUGACUGUCAUCGACUGGUGACUAAGUCCGACAUUCGGAAACCAUGCGAUCCCGAACCCUGCAUACCCUCGUGGCGCACAUCUAACAACGUUUGCAUGACGAGGAACUGGUUGGCGGGUAGUUCAUUGACACCCACUUACGUUUUCACAAGUGAUCGCUGGCCAACGUAGUUUCUCUUGGCCUAGCAUCUGGUGACAAUGACGCCCGAAACAACAAAUUGCUACAGCAGGAGCAGCCUGACGACUAUUUGAUCUGUACGUAUCCACAUGUGGUUGCCAAAUAAGGGAAGCGUGCAAAAAAAUUCGAACCUGACCUCUAACGAUGACAGACAACCUCGCUCAUAUACAGACAGGGAAGCAAACGCAAAAUAAGCUAACGAACCAGCAAGCUAUUAAUAGUUGCGGCUAUAAAUGAAACGAGUUGACUGCCUUCGCAAGCCUUUCAAGAUUCAUACAUCUACAUAGCACACAUAUAGCUCUAUUUAUAAGACAUUGUCAACGUAACUGUAAAGCAGUUAAUGACCAUGGCUAAUUCGAAUGGUUCUUGUCGUAGCUAAAAAACGCACAGCGAAUGCUCUCCGCUAUAGGUUUGGAGCCGGCUGAAGAAGGAACGAAUGACAGAAUGGCGGUACCCAUACUGUAAUAAUGAUAAUUAUUAUACUAACCGAUAAUAGCACGAGAAAAGAAAAUGUAAAAGAAGCACA